AUGCAAGGGUCUGCUCUGCUAGUAGAUAAUUCUUUUCAGUCUCAACCAGAAAGUUCGGCUACAUCGCUGGCAACUAACUCCCCAAACCUUCCUUUGGGUGGGACGAAACGCAGAUUAGGAAUGGGACGGGUAGUAACAGGCUACUCGAACAAGAAAUUCAAAGCUCCUACUUCAUGA